AUGUUGCGCAAGGGGACAGCUCAACUUACGAGGUCCUCGUCGUUCCAAUCGUCCAAGUCCGCGUACUUCUCACAUCUGGCUUCUCAAUCCGCCGCGGGACCAUCGUCCGGGCUGCAUAACGCUGCUAGGCAAGCUACAAUACAGGCCCAGGCGCCAAUGCAAAGCGGCCAAAGGUGCACCCUCAAAGCAGACAGAUGGUCGCACCACCCAGUCGGCUCUCUGGAGCUACUGAGAUCACUUCAUCUCAGCAGUCUCCCGCAUGCCGAGGACACGUCUCAGCAGGACGAUCAUGAUGCUAAAAAUCAUCGCACUAGGUCAUACGAAGUUCGGGCGGAUCGAGUGCUCCUCACCUCGGAUCUGGACUACCAGUCUGCCUCCAGUUCGAGUCGACCUCACAGCCAGCUGAUCCGGGCUUCCUCCGCCGAAACCUUUGAUAUGGAGCAAGAUGGCUCAAUAGAAUGUGAUUGGAGACCUAGCGAUGUGGUGCAGAGCUUGGCGGUGCUCAAGGGUGUUGCUGAUGCUUUCAGGAUGGACCAAGAGGGCGCGCAGAAUGCCGGUGCAUUCGCAGAUCUAAUGUGGAAAAGGGACUUGACGACCACACAACCUGGCCAGAGAGGUCAGGUAUGGCUAGAUCGCGCGUGGCCUGAUGCUUUCAACGACCAUGGCUCAGCUCGGAAAGCAGACGACGACGUGUGCUACAUUGAUAUUCACGUCAAGCAUCGCGACGCUACGACACGCUCGCACCGUCUUGCAUCCUCUACAAGCGUGUCGUUGUCAGACGUGGCUCCUUUGAUAGGUCUCGACCUCACUACGGAAGAUCGAGAAAGGCUAGACGAGGAAGCCUUGCAGGGUCUGCGCGGGAUUCGAGCUGCGCAGACCAUCCGUCAGAGGAAGAGGAGCAUACACGAGGAACCGUCUAGAGAAGAGCUGGAACAAGCAGAGAAUCGUGCUCAGGACGUCUUGUCGCAGAGGGAUAGAGAGAAGUGGAUGUUCGGAAGAGAAAAUGAGGCAGACGAAGAUUCGACACCACCUCAGCACAGGACGAAUAUGGGUCCGCUCAACGAUAUGCACGGAGACCUUUUACCUGCUCAAGGUCAACAUAUCGUCGUUCGACUCACGCUCACGCCCUCCGAGGCAGGAGAGGCCGAUUCUGACGUGGGUCCCGUGUUCAAAAGUGGUCCCAAAUCAAUCCACGUGCCAGCUCUGACUUCGGGCGCGGGAGGUCUGACCUUUCUCGACGCGCUGAUGCGUUUCGGUAGGUCUGAGAAAUUGGACGAUUCGCAGAACAAAGCUGGAUCGAACGGUCGAGCGAAGAGGGACAUGAAGCUGGGCGGCGGAUUUUCGGGAGCUUUCAAGCUUCCCGACGGGCACGUCCUUGGUAGUCCGCCGGGCGAGCGCCUUCGCAAGCUGAAUCCUGGCCCGAGGACCGACAAAUUUGCGAUGGGCAACAGCAAGGCCGAUGAUCAGCAUCGAGGGCGCCCUCGAGGCUCAGAUCAGGAUGUGUUCUGA